UUAGCCUGUUAGCUCCAGACGGUCCGAGCUCAGCUCAGCUCCGGUUUCUCACCUUUAUCUCCGGUAAAAACAACAUUUACCGCUACUCACCUGUCACCUUCUCACCUGUAAGAGGCUGCUGCGUGUGUGACGUCACAGCUCGGUGUUUAACUGAAGGAAACGCCCCGAGCGUUUCUCCUCCCAUCAUGUCUCACAACUACCCGUACAGAUGCCCGCCGUCAGACUCCAAUCCCAGACCUGAUUCCGGACCUUACGGCUCCUCGGACCUCCAUCGCACCUCGUCGGACUUUUACAGGCCGCCUCAGGAGUCCUUGUCCAAGCCCUCGUCCCAGCCCUCAUCCUCUUCGUCGUCCUCUUCGUCCAGAGGAGCCCAGUGGUCGCAGGACGGCGCUCUCAGCAUCCUGAACAGUUGCGGUCUGGAGCCCUCCGACCUCGCUCUGCUGGCCGAGCUGCCCGAAGACGUCCUCACCGUCGAGUCCCUGCCUCAAGUCCUCAAACAGAUCAAAGGAAAGAGGGGCACCGUCAGAUCUUUCCCUCCCAACGCUCCGGCUCAUUCCUCCUCCCCUCCCACCUCGUACCCCCCCACCUCCCAUUUGCCAGCUGCUGACCCCCCCGCCGGCCACUGGGAUAAUCCCCGCAACCAGCCACUCCACUUCCCGCCAGACCAGGUAACACCCCCUCCUCUCUUACCUGAGCUGUCCCGCUGGGAUAAUUCCAGGAAACACAGCUCUGUCGGAACAGAGCAGCCACCACCAUCGUCCUCCAGCUACGUGGUGGACUUCCACCACAGACCAGGACCCUCCGCCGAUUAUGGCAUGACCGUCAGAGACUCUGGUCCAGUGUCCUCUAAGGACUACAACCACAGACCAGCAUCCUCUGACUACAGCCAGACAAGCAGCGAUGCUGGUCCAGUUUCAUUUCAGGACUACAACUAUAAACCAGGACCCUCAGGCAGAGACGGCGGUCUGGUUUCCUAUCCAGUCUACAACAACAGACCAGGACCCUCAGAUUAUGGUAAAAUGGGCAGAGGUGCUGGUCCAGUGUCCACUCAGGACUACAACCAUAGACCAGGACCCUCUGAAUAUGGUAAGACAGGUAGAGGUGCUGGUCCAGUGUCCUCUCAGGACUACAACUAUAAACCAGGAGCCUCAGGUAGAGGUACUGGUCCAGGGUCCCCUCAGGACUACAACUAUAAACCAGGAGCCUCAGGUAGAGGUACUGGUCCAGGGUCCUCUCAGGACUACAACCAUAGACCAGGACCCUCUGAUUAUGGUAAGGCAGGUAUAGGUGCUGGUCCAGUGUCCUCUCAGGACAGACCCUCUUGCAGCUCGGCAGGUAGAAACCAAGGAACUCGUCCUUCCCGUUUCUCUCAGCUGGCCGAUCAAAGGUCUGCUCCUCCUCCUGAAGAGCGCCGUGAGACCUCCUCCACCUGGAGCAGCAGGCCCUCCGCCUCCAUGCCCUCCAAGCAACAAGCCACGGACUUCCACGGCACCACCCCGUUGACGUUCCCGUACUCGUGCUCUCUGUGUGACAUCACUGUGAUGUCAGAGAAGGUGUGGAUUAAACACAUAAACGGGCCUCGUCAUGCAGACGGACAGCUCGUCCUGCUGCAGCACUUUCCUAACUGGGACUGUCGCCUGGACACAGUGGGCAGUGCUGCUAUCCAAUCAGAGAAGAGGAAAGAUGAAGGACAACCUGCCGUUCAGAACUCCUCCAAGUCACAAUCAAAUCCAAAAUCCAAGAAGAAGACGCCAGACAGAAGUAAAGUGGUGUGUGUGAGGUUUCCGGCUCAGUCCGUGGACGAGGCGUAUCUGAGGAAACUGACCGAACCGUUCGGAAAGGUCGUCAAGAUCCUCAUGUUUCCAUCUUUGGCGUUUGUGGAGCUCGGCUCCAUCGACCAGGCGAAGGACCUGGUGAAGUUCCACGCCAACUAUCCUCCGACUGUGAACGGAGAGCAGAUCGAGUUCCAGAUCUCCAACACGUUCAAUUUCCUGCAGAGUUCUCGGGUGGUGAGCUUCAUCCCGUCUCCAUCAGGAGACGACGGCCGAUCAGAUCUGAUCAGCAUCGUCAAACGAUUCGGCCCACCGCUCUACACUCUGUUCCUGCCGUCUAAGGCGUUUGUAGAGAUGAAAAACACUCCUGAUGCUCAGAAACUGGUGGAAUAUUAUUCCUCCCGGACUAUGAGGAUCAACGACGACGUCAUCAGCGUCUCCUUCUCUGGAGAAUACAACAGCCUCAUGCGGGUCACUGCGGCUCAGAGGUACGAAGAUGAGACGGGUUCAACCAAGAGGACGAGGAGCUCCAGUCCAGAGAAAGAAGGGAACAAGAAGAGGAGGAGCAGCAGAGACAGAGAGGACAAGAAUGGAGAGAAGUCCAGCAGGGACGAGAGAACCAGAACCAGGUCCAGAGAACGGGGUUCCAAAGAGAAGAGCACCAGAACCAGGUCCAGGUCCAGAGAAAAGGGUUCUAAAGAUAAGAGCACCAGAACCAGGUCCAGGUCCAGAGAAAAGGGUUCUAAAGAGAAGAGCACCAGAACCAGGUCAAGGUCCAGAGAAAAGGGUUCUAAAGAGAAGAGCACCAGAACCAGGUCCAGGUCCAGGUCCAGAGAUGAAUUUAAAGAGAAUUCCAGCCGAGACAAGAGGUCCACAUCCAGAGAAAUGUCCUCUAAGAAGAAAAGCACUGGAACCAGGUCCAGGUCCAGGUCCAGAGAGAAACCCAGCGUGGUCCCAGUGAAAACUGAAACGGCUGACUCUGAGUCCAGGACUGAUCCGGAUCCACUUCCUGUCCCUGAGUCCAAACCUGAAGCUGAAGAGAAAGAAGAGACAGACGAGGAGGACGACUCGAGCGACAUCGAGGGGAUGGAGGUGAUCGGAGAGGACGGAGAGAGUCUGGAGGAUGAGGAGGAGGAAGAGGAAGAGCAGGAGGAAGAGCAGGAUGAAGAGCAGGAGGAGAAGCAGGAGGAGGAGCAGAAGGAGAAGCAGGAGGAGGAGGUUGGCUGUCCUGCAGAGACAGACUCACCUAAAGAAGAUAAACAGGAGGAGGAGGAAGAGGAAGAGGAGGAGAAAGAAGGAGAGGAGGAGUCCAACAGAGAGGAGGACGAGGAGGAACCAGACUUCCCAGUGGACCUGGAGAACUGCAUCACUCUGGAUGAAGUGAAAGAAAACUCUGAUGAUGAUGAGUCUGAUUACCAAGUUGAAGAAGUCAAAGACCGACGCAAAUCUCAGUCCGGUCGAGUGGUUUUGUUCAAAAACAUCCCGCCGUACCCCUGGCCCGACAGCGACUUCCUCAAGCUGGUCAAAGAUUUCGGGACGGCGGUCUACUACUACAGAGUCCCCGACCGCCAGUUUGGUUUCAUCGAGAUGUCGACGUCCUCCGAGGCUCAGCGAGUGGUUGACGAGCUGCCCAGCAGGCGUCUGAAGAUCAGAGGGGAGAAGCCCUGCGCCUACAUCUCCAGCCGCUACCACAGGAUGAGCGAAGGUCUUCACAGAUGGCCGGUUCCAGCGUCCGACGAAGACAAGAAGAAGACGAGUGAGAGCAGGAGGAGCGAGAGACGCAAGAGGGACGAGUCUGAGGGGAGGAAGGAGUCCUCGAAGAAGACUCCAGAGAAAGAGUCAACAUCUAGAAAGAGUCAGGACAAAAACUCUUCCAAGAGGACUCCAGAGAAAGACGAGUCCGAGUCAGAAAACAGAUACAAGAAGUCUUCAGAAAAGGAUCCCGAGAAGACGCCAUCAGCAAAAAAGACUCCAGAAAAAGAGUCGGUUGUCGAAGAAGUGUCAGAGACAUCCAGAACAACUCCAGAGACAGAGACAGAGACAGAAAUGACUAAAGACAAGAACUCACCUGAAGACUCUGCUGCAGAAAUGAGUAAAGGAAAAGAGUCUUCAUCGAAAAUUAGUCCGGAGAAGAAGAUGUUGAAAAGAAAACGAAGUCAAGAGGAAGACUUGGCGCCUGAGAAGAAAGACAAGAAGACGAGUGAAGAGACUCCAGAGACAGACGAGUCUAAAGACAAAGAGACUCCAGAGACAGACGAGUCUAAAGACAAAGAGACUCCAGAGACAGACGAGUCUAGAGACAAAGAGACUCUAGAGACAGACAAGUCUAAAGACAAAAAGAGUUCAGAGUCAGACAAGUCUAGAGACAAAGAGGCUCCAGAGACAAAUGAGUCUAAAGACAAAGAGACUUCAAAGGAGGACGAGUCUAAAGACAAAGAGACUCCAGAGACAGUCAAGUCUAAAAUCAAAGAGACUCUAGAGAGAGACAAGUCUAAAGACAAAAAGAGUUCAGAGACAGACAAGUCUAAAGACAAAGAGACUCCAGAGACAAAUGAGUCUAAAGACAAAAAGACCUUAGAGAAAGACAAGUCUGGAGACAAAAAGACUCCAAAGAUGGACAAGUCUAAAGACAAAGAGGCUCCAGAGACAGACGGGUCUAAAGACAAAAAGACUUCAAAGAAGGACAUGUCUAAAAACAAAGACACUUUAGAGACAGACAAGUCUAAAGAUGAAGAGACUCCAGAGACAGAUGAGUCUAAAGACAAAAAGACUUCAGAGACGGACAAGUCAAAAGACAAAAAGUCUCCAGAGACAGACAAGUCUAAAGACAAAAAGACUUCAAAGAAGGACAUGUCUAAAAACAAAGACACUUUAGAGACAGACAAGUCUAAAGACAAAGAGACUCCAGAGACAGAGCGUGGAGACGUUGUCCAGGUGAAGGAGGAGACAGCUGUACCAGGACUGGAGGACUCGGAGAGUCCGGUCUCUGCUGGAGAUCCUACCGGAGUAAAAACUGAGCAGAUGGAUGCUGCUGCAGAGCUGCAGGACUCUGGACCUGCAGGGGGCGCUGCAGAGCUGAGGACACCCAGCAGACCCGUCGGUACGGAGUUCGUCCGUCCGGUCGUCGGUUACUUCUGUAACUUGUGUCAGCUGAUCUACGCCGACGAGGACGAAGCCAAAGAGCAGCACUGCAGCAGCCUGACGCACUACGCCAAGUACCAGGAGAAGACGGGCAAAGAUCCGUGGACGAGCUGAACCAACGAACUCUGAUCCACUGAUCACUUCCUGUGACCUUAUAAGGAACGAAACAUCAAAGAGAAGGAAUCGUCUGUUUUUAUUUAGUUUAUUUGUUGAUGUUUAAAUAUGUGACUGUAAGAAAAUGUACAUUACAUUAAAGCUGCUGCUUCUUU